AGAAUGAUUAAGGUGAUAACAUCACUGCUUAGGAAGAUAAGACUAAGAAAAUUACAGUUUCUAAUGUUUGAAGAAAAUAUCAAUGCCUCUAAAGAAGCGUUUUGAAAAUUUCUAUCAUUAUUCCGUUCGAAAUCUGUAAUAUUUGCUCUUGAAAGCAAUAUACACACCCUUUCUGUUUGUUUUACUUCUGUGUUAUUGCUCAACAACAGAAAUGUAUUCUAUAAAUAGAAACUGCUGAAAUCAUAUUAUACUGUAUAGUUAAAAAUAAUUACCCAGCAAAAAACGACUAAAUACAAAUGUUUAAUAUAUAUUUUAUUUAAUUAAAGAUUGGCACAAAAUUGUCAUGACUGGAUUAAGAUUACUAGUAAAUAUAUAGCUUAAUAAAUGCAGUUGAGUAAAAACUUGAAUUGAAAUUGUUCAAUAUGAAUCGACGUUGUUUCUUGCCCCGUCCACGAUCGCAAGAGUUUUAUGAUAUUAAAAACGCUGAAACACAACUUUGUCCCGACACCGGCGACAAAUGUUUAAAACAGUCUUUUUGUAUUUGUGCUUUGUUCGUCAUUAGGAUUCAAAGCAUCUGGUUGUAAACCCAAAUGUUUCAGCUCUCUCCAGUCACGACGAUGGGUGAUAUCCUGCAAAUAUAAAACAAACACGAGAAAAACGGGCAGGGUUGGGAGGGAAGUUUUUAAACUAAAAUUUUUGUUUAAAGUAUCAAUGACUCUACCUCGUUCAGUGGACUCGGAAUCGAAAAGACUGGAAUCUGGCGAGACGGGCGUUUAUAUACCUGACCCAGAAUUCCCUGGUCACGUGAAGGUAUGGUGUACAAGGGGGGUCAUUUUUGCCGAGUAAAGAGUUUAACCUUAAUUCGGUUAAACUGAAUAUUGUAACAGUCGCAAUAUAUUAUUUAUAUAGAGUUUGAUUAAGUUACAAUUUUUUUAACACACGAGACAGUAUAAAUAAUGGAACUGCAAAAACUCAUUAUGUCCAGUGAUGACAAUUUAUUUCAGAAAAGCAAGUUCAAUUCAGUAAAGUCAGAAUCUCUUACCGUCUCUCAUGAAAGGAUGAAAUCAUUUCAUUUUUUUUCCAGCAACACGACCAAAUCUACAAUUUUUAGAGAAGUUUGGCCUGACUUAGAAUGGUCAGCUAACUGACCUGUGGAUAUGUCGAUUAACUUUUUCCCCUUAGAUUUGUAUUUUAAAGGAAAAGUUUAAAAUUGACAUUAGAUUGAUUCAAGUUUAAAAAGAAUAAGGUAUAUGAAUCAACUUUAUCAUAUGAAUAAAAAGAUAAGCUGAAUUUGUAAAUAUAAUAUUGAAUCUGUAACCACUUUCAACAUCUGUAAAGUUGUAAAUAAACAAUACCACAUUGUAUUCUUCGUGUAUAGUCAGUUAACACAAAUUACAUAAAGCUCUGUACGUAUUUAAUUUUGAUUGAUAAUCCGUAACUUUGCCAACACAACUUUCAGUUUUACUUAUGUCAGGUUCUUUUGCACGGCAUUCACAUUUUAUGUGGAUUAUUUUUAAUUAUCCAUGUUAAGAGAAUCUGUUUUCAUAAAAGAACUGCAUUGUAUUCUAAAUGGGCGAUAAAUGAGAAAGAAGAUAAGAGUGAAAUGGUUCCUAAUUAAAUGUAAAUGCAGUACAGAUUUUACCACAAUUCGUGUAUUAUAAUUUCAGUCAUUUGAUUUUUUUUAUCAAUUCGUUUUCAUUAUUGGGGACAAUCGGUGUAUGGUUAAAUAUGUACAUUGUACGAGCUAUCGUAACCGUUUUAUACCCGCACGCGGUCCCUUCAAUUCAUUCACUAUAUGCGAGUCAUGAAAUAAACAUCUGAGCAGCAAAGGUUGUUAUUUGAUAUUCCCAUACACCAAAACAGUUAAAGCUCUUAUGAUAUAACAAGAUUCAACGAAGCAUAUGCAGCUGGUACCCUUACUGGAUAGUGUGUUCCAUUAUAAAGCUGAAAACCAAUUACGGAUGAACAUGGCGGAAUCGUCGUAGCAAAACAGAUUUUGUAAAAUCUAUUGAGAUAAAGCAGGGUAAAACAGUAAUAAAGUGGACUGCAGAACAGUUGUCACCCAAAAAGGUGCAAACGAAACAUAUGUUUUCAAAAGAUUAGAAAACACAGUCACGAUCUAAUUUACAUAUACAUGUAUCUCCGAAGUCAUCUGUGUCAGGCAUCUUCCUCAAGUUCUUCUAUAAGAGCAGACUCUUCAACUCAAAGGUAGCCAUGGAGCCUUUAUGUAAAUUAGUUGACGAGGAGUUUCGUGUCAAUUUGGAAAGUGAGGAAAUUCAAGACAUUGUAAAGGCUAUUGACAUAAUGGUCAGACGAUUUGUUAAAUAUUUGCAUGAUGUCAAUACGGAGAUAAAGCGCAACAGAAAUUGAAGAAGAUAAAAACUAUAUGAUGAAAAAUCCCAACUACCUAAGACGGGAUUGGAACCUGACUCCCAGAUGCAGUUGUCAGAGACUGGUUAUAAACGGAAGGCAUUACGUAAGAGACCGCAACACAUAAAUCACUGCCGAUUUAACUUAUGUUUUUUACAACGCCAUAAUGGAGUAUCUACACGAAGAAAUAAAAAAGAAAGUAUGCGUUGAUUUCGAGAAUGAAGAAAUACAGGAUAUAAUGAAAGCAGUAGAUAUUUUGAUGAACCGUUUUAUAAAUGAACUCACAACGAAGUUCCCAAGUACAAAGAUUGAUCGGCUCGCGCUUUGUGGCAGUAUGGCUGAGCAGACAAGAUUAUGGCGUGGAAGCGACGAUAGGUGCGACCUAGAAUUUGAUUACCUUGCAAUUUUGAAGUCAUUUCCUGGUUGUGAAGAUUUCUUUCUCGAACAUAGUAUUGACGGCCAGAUGGAAGUCAAGUACAAAAUUGUUAAUCUGCAAUCAAAAGAAUUUGUAUAUGUCAAUCUAAAUCCGGAAGUGAAGUUUGUAUUUGCAUGUAAUUUUCACACCUGUAUCAAUGAAAAAUGUAGGCAGAAUUCGUGUGCUUUAAGUUUAAGAACUACAACCCAUAUGAUAGAUUCGUUCAGCGGUUGUCAGUUUUGUUCCGUAUGUAUGAAAACGGGCGAAUUAAAAUGCAUACAGACAUCGUUACAUCACGGUAGGGUUAAUAACCUUCAUCAUUUGGAUCGACUCAGAUUUUUGUGGAUUAGCAAAAAUAGAUUAUUAUCUAUUCCCAGUGCAAGCAAUGGUAAUUGUGACAUUUUCAGACAAAUCAAAAGUGAUUGGGAGUAUUCUCUGCGCAACAGGUUCGAAUUUACUUUGCCUGAAUUGCCUGAACUAAGUGACAAACAGCCGGAGGCGGUAUCAAUAGAAGUUGACUUUCACCCAGUUUUAGAGGUAGUAGACGCGGAUGUAGUUCAACGGCUCGUUAGAUGUUUUCGGUGGUGGGGAGAUGAAAAAUGUGUUUUGUUUCAAAACAUUUACACGUAUAGUCUCAAGAACCGUAUCACUGCAGUUAAAGCACAACAACUUUGUUUAAACAUGCCAUCCAAAAUACUAAGACUUGCAUAUUUCACUUUGAAAAUAUUAGCUAUAUCAAAUCAAUGGAAAUUCAAGAAAAUACCUUUGCUUGAAAAAAAACCGAAAUAUGUUUUGUUUCCGAAGGGUUACAUAUAUGAUAACAAAUUAUGGAGAGUCUCCACUUGUCAGAGUGAAUUGGAGAUAUUGAAGAAGACUUCUAAAGAACACAGACUUGCUUUCUGCUUUCUGAAAUUUCUGGCUAUGGAAAUGAAAGAAUUUGAUAGGACUUUCCCGACACUCAAUCAGUACGAAGCAAAGAUUGCCGUCAUUAAUCAUAUUAAUGGCUGUAAAUCCCCAGCUAUCGGGGCCCACGUAUGUGCUCUAAAUAUUUUGAACGACAUAGUGCGCUGUAGGAGUGUUAAAUUAAUGAAUCAUCCCUUUUUACAAUUGAAUUUGUACGAUAUGGUUAACCUGUAUGAAGAAAAUUGGCAAUUUAUACAUUUUAAAGUAUUACUUCUUGUUUUAGUAAACCGAAAGGGUAAAUAUGCAAUAACUGAUUUGCAUAAUGAUUUAAUCUCAGUUUGGUUAGUGUCUUACACAUUCAAAUAUGGUAUUACACCGGCGAAUUAUGACUUUACACGACCGUUACUUGGUGAGCUGCGCGAAAUAUGCAAAAGAAGGAAGAUGCAAACAUCUAGUAGAACUGAUUUGAUUAAGGUGAUAUCAUCACUACUGAGGACUAUACGAUUGAAAAAAAAUUCAGUUUCUAAUGUUGAAGGAAAAUCUCACUGCCACUAAAGCGUAUUGACAAAUUCCAUCAUGAUUCCGUUCUACAGUGCAGACUUUUAUCAAACCCUUAUUUUUCAAAUCUUCAAAAUGUACUAAAAAUUCAGCAAAUAUAAAGAUAGGGCCGUGUGCUUGAUAUUUUGCUAGACGGAUUUGAAAUAAUUGGACUUCACACGCAAUUUUUAGGUUGAAACCGCGAAGCGGUGGAGACCUGUAAUUACCGUAAUCUGGAGUUUGCAAGGCUAUCAUGCUGACACUUUUCACUGAAAGACAGAUUAAUCCGCCGUAAGGUUUUUACCCGUCUUUUUUUCAGGCUAAUCGGCUGAUAUAUUUAUUGAUAUAAACUGUUCUCUGAACAUUGUUUUACAGUCUGUUUAUAUUUUCAUACAUAUGUAAUAUAAUAAAGUUAAAGAAUG